AUGGCAGAGGCUCCAGCACGCUGGGAGGCGGAGAUGCUGAACCUUCUGCACUGUGCUGAGGGUGGAGGGCCAGAUGGUAGAGCCACAGAGGCGGUCCCGUUCCUCCAUGGCCAGGGUAGUGCGAUGCUGACUGCUGUCCGUCUUUCUGCCCGACCGUUCUGCAGAGCCUGCAGUCUCCUCACCCAGCACCAGGGGAAGAAUGUCCUGGAGGGAGAUCCUUCCAGGGGUGUGUCUUCCCAGUUCUGGAGGUUCCUACCUAAGAGGACGCGCUCCCUAACCCGACAGCUCGCCGGGUCUCCGGAGCAUGCUGAGGCCGGACACCCGGCUGGGGUGGACACGCGCCUCUGGGGCAACGUGCUCUUCUCUUGCCUCUACUCCCUUACCUAUGCUCUCGGCUCUGAGGGCAAGGAGCUGUCCGUCCUUGUGGUGCUGAAGGCGCUGGCCGAACCCCAGGUCUCUGGCGCUAACGUGCUCAGCCUGGUGCUCUCCGCCCUGCGGCUGCUGCUGCCUCUACUGGUCAGCGCGCCCGUGGAGCUCCACAACUUCGUGUGGUUCCACCACCCACAGGUCUUCUGCGCCCGGGACUGCCGCGGCUACUACUUCGUGCGCGAGCUGUACGCCUAUGCCACACUCCUCAGCUUGGCCAGCCAGAGCGCCGAGCGCUGCCUGGCCGUGUGCCAGCCGCUGCGCGCCCACCGCCUGCUGACGCCACGCAGGCCCGGGAGUCUUCUCUUGCUUGUCUGGGCCGCCUCAUUCGGUCUGGCGGUCAUCAUUGGGCAGGAGCACGAGCUGGAGACAGUGAGCCGAGAGCUGGAGCCCGCCCCGCGCGUGUGCACGCUCCAAGUCUUCACCCAGGUCAAUGUACUGGUGCCAUCCGUGCUCCCCUUGGCUCUAACUGCUUUCCUGAACAGGGUCACCAUCAACCAGCUGGUGUCCCUUUGCUCCCAGAUGCCAUCUACUUCUGCCCCAGAUGACUCUGCCCCCAGCCACCUGGAGCUAAUGAGCGAGGAGGGUCUCUCUGGCUUCAGCACUUGGAGAAGGAUGCUUUCCCUGACGGGCCAGGCCACAGUGAGAUGCAAGGGAUCCAGCCAGAUCCAUGGCCUCUAGCACAGUGUUCAGGUUCUUAGUUAA